AUGGCUGUUCGUAUGGAUAUCGACGAUAUGGUCAUCCGAUUGUUAAACGUUGGUGUACGAGGUUGUGUACUGGUUAACAAUGUGAAGGAAUCAGAACUGUUGCUGCUCUGCCAAACGGCGAGGUAUGUGCACAAUGUGUAUCGAGGUGAGUGA